AUGGCAGUAAAAACUCUCGACUUUCGUGUACUUCUUAUUCAAUUAUCUAAUCAACUUUCGAAUGAUAAUCGUGAAGGACUUCAUUUCGUUAUUGGUCCCAUGGUUCCACGUAAAAUUCGAGAUGAUUGCACGCCAACUGGUACUCUACAUCUUCUUGAAUUUCUUUUCGAUCGUACUCUUAUUAGCGAUAAAAAUUUUGAUUACUUGAUUUGUGCAUUUCGUAAAAUUUCUUGUUAUGAUGCUGUAGAACGACUUCAAGAAUUUGAACAAAUUCAGAAACAGUUCACAUUAUCAACUACAUCGACAGAGUCAACAAUAUUGAAUGAAUCGAUACAGACCAUUGAAGUAGAUAAAAUUGGAAAUGUUUCGAUUGAUGUGGCCAGAGAAGUAGCUUGCUCAUUUACUACUUCGGAAAAUUCAUCACCUAACAGUGACUGUUCAUUUCUACCAUUAAAGACAACUGUUUCUUUGGAAUCACAACCAAUUGAAAAAUCAAAUCUUGUCUAUAUUAUAAAAAAAGGUUUCUCACAUGGUAUUAAAAGUAAAGACAUUCAAGAUCAGUUGUUUGAUGAUGCUAAGGAUCUCAUGUUAUCAUAUAAUGAUCGUUGUGUUGGAGUUGAACUAUAUUGGUCUGACACGUAUCUUACUUCUAUUCGAUUUUUCUAUUCAAAUGGUCGUUCUUCUAUAGUGCAUCAUCCAUCUAACGACAAUCAACUUAAUCGUCUGUCUCAUUUUUCGAACAAUUUUACGUUAGGUUCAAAUGAAGAAAUCAAUAGAGUGAUCUUCUACAAACGUGCAAAUCCAACGCAGACGAACGAUGUGAUUGUAGGUAUACAAUUUCGUACAACAAAAGGACGAAAAAGUGAUCUUUUUGGUUCAAAUAAUGGUAGAUUCACGAUCGAAUCGUUUGCAGGCUAUAAUUUUCUAUGCGCGAAAGGACGAUAUUAUAAUAAUAAACGAAUUGGAAUGCUUCAGUUUGUUUGGUUGAAAUCCACUUCAUUAAGUGAAAAAAUUGAUCAAUCAUCAUUUUAUGUCCUAGACACAUGCUCAUUCAAUUAUACAAGUAAUAUGAACAACGAAACGAGACAUGCAACAGGUAUUGAGUCUUCAUGGUAUGAUCUCAAACAUGAGUUUGAUCGAAUAGGAGAUGGUUGUGAACCGGGAGCAUCGUAUUACCGAACGAUUAGUGUCGAAGGUCCCUUAUUAUUUGCUGUGAUUAAGGACAAAUAUGUAUUCUAUCAUGAUGCUGGCAAAUGGGCUCAGUACAAAAGUGCAAAUAAUGUCACAGUUGGCGUCUUAAAAUCGACCAGUUUGCAUCCACGACGUAGCGUACGUACAUCCAAUUAA